GCCAGGAGCGUGUCAUGUUUGACAAGAUCACGUCGCGCAUCCAGAAGCUCUGCUACGGGCUCAACGCUGACUUUGUGGAUCCCGCGCAGAUCACCAUGAAGGUGAUCCAGGGGCUGUACAGUGGUGUCACGACAGUGGAACUGGACACGCUGGCGGCUGAGACGGCUGCAACCCUGACCACCAAGCACCCUGACUAUGCUAUCCUGGCAGCACGGAUUGCGGUCUCCAAUUUGCACAAAGAAACUAAGAAAGUGUUCAGCGAUGUGAUGGAUGAUCUCUACAACUACGUGAACCCUCACAAUGGGAAGCACUCCCCGAUGAUCUCCAAAGAAACUCUAGACAUAGUCCUGGCCAACAAAGAUCGCCUGAAUUCUGCCAUUAUCUAUGACAGAGACUUCUCCUACAACUAUUUUGGUUUUAAGACUCUAGAACGCUCCUACUUGCUGAAAAUCAACUCAAAAGUUGCUGAGCGUCCUCAGCACAUGUUGAUGAGGGUAUCGGUGGGGAUCCACAAAGAUGACAUCGAUGCUGCGAUCGAAACCUACAAUCUUCUGUCUGAGAGGUGGUUCACCCACGCCUCCCCCACGCUGUUCAAUGCUGGCACCAACCGGCCGCAGCUCUCCAGCUGUUUCCUGCUGUGCAUGAAGGAUGACAGCAUCGAGGGGAUCUAUGACACUCUCAAGCAGUGUGCGCUCAUCUCGAAGUCUGCUGGUGGGAUUGGCCUUGCUGUGAGCUGUAUCCGAGCCACGGGCAGCUAUAUCGCUGGGACAAAUGGAAACUCCAACGGGCUCGUUCCAAUGCUGAGGGUCUACAACAACACUGCCCGCUACGUGGAUCAAGGUGGCAACAAGAGACCUGGGGCUUUUGCCAUCUAUCUGGAGCCGUGGCAUUUGGACAUCUUUGAAUUUCUUGACUUGAAGAAGAACACUGGGAAAGAAGAGCAGCGAGCUAGAGACCUCUUCUUUGCCCUCUGGAUUCCUGAUCUCUUCAUGAAGCGAGUUGAAACCAACCAGGACUGGUCCUUAAUGUGUCCAAACGAGUGUCCUGGCCUAGAUGAGGUUUGGGGAGAGGAAUUUGAGAAACUAUAUGAGAGUUACGAGAAGCAAGGCCGUGUCCGCAGAGUGGUGAAGGCGCAGCAGCUCUGGUACGCGAUCAUUGAAUCGCAGACGGAAACGGGCACACCGUACAUGCUCUACAAAGACUCUUGCAACCGGAAGAGCAAUCAGCAGAACCUGGGGACCAUCAAGUGCAGCAAUCUCUGUACAGAAAUAGUGGAGUAUACCAGCAAGGAUGAGGUUGCAGUUUGUAAUUUGGCCUCUAUAGCCCUGAACAUGUACGUCACUUCAGAGCACACAUAUGAUUUCAAGAAGCUAGCUGAAGUCACUAAGGUUAUUGUCCGAAACCUGAACAAAAUCAUUGAUAUCAACUACUACCCUGUGCCGGAGGUGAGUGCUGUGUGGAGCUGGCGUGUGGCUGACGGCAUGCCGAGAGCCUGGUGA